AUGCUUCCCUUGUUGUUGAGCGGCGCUCUGGCGCCCAACGUCCAAGCCAUUGCCCUCUCCCACAGUAACACCACCUUUGAGCAGCACUGUUCUUCCUUCGCGACCUCUUUGAAGAUUUCCGGCGCCAACGCCACUGCCGUUGAGUACGUCCCGGCCGGAACCGCUCUUCAGUUCCCCGACGCCGACCCCAGCUGCGGCCGUGCCUCACAGACUGCCACGGCGAACCUCUGCCGCGUCACUGCGCGCAUCGCCACAUCGCCACGGUCCGGGAUCAAAUUCGAGGCGUGGCUGCCCGAGAACUGGACCGGCCGCUUCCUGAGCACGGGUAACGGCGGCCUGGGAGGCUGUAUUCAGUACGAAGACCUCGACUACGCAACCUCACUCGGCUUUGCCGCCGUGGCCACCAACAACGGCCACGAUGGCAUGAGCGGAGCCCCCUUCUUGAACAACCCGGAUGUUAUCGAAGACUUCUCGUACCGCGCGCUCACCACUGGUGUCGUGGUUGGCAAGGACGUCACCAAGUCCUUCUACAGCAAGCCGCACACAAAGAGUUACUACCUCGGCUGCUCAACUGGUGGACGCCAGGGGUUCAAGCAGGCGCAGGCCUUCCCUGAGAACUUUGAUGGCAUUGUUGCCGGCGCCCCUGCAUUCUCCUUUAACAACCUCACCUCGUGGAGCUGUCACUUCCUCCCCCUGACCGGCCAGCAGGGCGCCGAUACCUUCAUCCCCAUGUCCAUGUGGCCGGCCAUCCACGACGACAUCUUGGACCAGUGCGACGAGCUGGACGGCGCCAAGGACAGCUUCCUCGAGUCGCCCGACCUCUGCGACUACAAGCCCGAGAGCCUCCUCUGCGGCGUCGGCAGUAACCAUACAGACGGCUGCCUCACACAGAAGCAGGUUGAGACUCUGCGCGCCAUUUACUCACCUCUGCUGGACGCCUCGGGCGAUCUCGUCUACCCGCGGUUGCAGCCGGGUGCCGAGCUCACGGGCGCCCCGCAGACCUACUUCACCGGCCAGCCGUUCGGCGCCGCCGAUUGGUUCAAGUACGCCAUUUACAAUGACUCCAACUGGGACCCGGCCACUGUCACGUCCGAGGACUAUGUCAGGUCUUCGAGCCUCAACCUCUUCAACAUCGAGACCUGGGACGGCGACCUGUCCCCGUUCGAGCAGCGCGGCGGCAAAAUCCUGCACUACCACGGCCUCGUCGACGGGACCAUCUCAAGCGACAACUCACCACGGUACUACGAACACGUGGCCCAGACAAUGGGCCGAACGCCCGCCGAGCUGGACGAGUUCUAUCGCUUCUUCCGUAUUUCCGGGCUGGCCCACUGCAGUGGCGGCACGGGCGCCGUGUACAUCGGCAACCAGGCCCGGAACUCGGCCAGCCUCGAGCCCGAGGAGAACGUGCUGAUGGCCAUGGUCCGCUGGGUUGAGGAGGGCGUCGCGCCCGAGCACGUCACCGGCACGGCGUUUGUCAACAACACGGUCAGCGCCGGCGUUGACUACAAGCGCAGGCACUGCCGCUGGCCCACACGCAAUGUCUUCAAGGGGCCCGGCGACUUCAAGGAUGAGAACAACUGGGAAUGUGUCUCGGACUAA